AGUGACAACAGCUACGAUUCUCCACAAAACCUAAACGCAUUGAUUCAACUAAAAGCUUCGAAAUAUUUUUGUGCUGAAGGUGGCCUUUGAACUGUUUUUAAAUUAAGUGCAGAGUAAAAAAAUUAAAUUCAAAAAUUUAUUCGAAUUAUACUGAAAUCAUACAUUUGUGACGCUAAUCCGAGUUCUAGUUCAACUGUCACACUAAGUGCUGCUCGCAAUUAAAAAGUUAUUAACAACAUAAUAAAAAUUUUAAAAAUAUUUAAACAAAAAUACUUUCUAAAAUGCACAUCCUAUUCUCCGUUCUGCUCACUUUUGUUAAUGUAAUUUCUAUAAUUGUAAAUUUCGUAUAUAAUUUGGUUGUACCGCAAAAGAAACCCGACUACCCACCCAUCAGAUCGAAGAUAUUGACAAAAUCUGUAACCGAAUUGGUUACGGAGUUACGGAACAGAAAGUUGACAUCUGUGGAAAUCGUCCAAGCUUAUAUAACUCGUAUUAAAGAGGUUAAUACUUCCCUGAAUGCAGUCAUAGAAGAUCGCUUUGAACAAGCUAUAAGGGAUGCAGAACGUGCAGAUACAAUGAUCUCGAGUACUAGUGAUGAGAAUCUACUUAAACUUUUUAUGAAAUACCCAUUAUUGGGCAUUCCAUUCACUGUAAAAGAAUCAUGUGGUUUAAAAGGACAUUCAUAUGUUGUUGGUAGUGCAUUUCGUUUAAGGGAGCGAUGUACAGAAGAAGAAAAUCUCGCUGUAACGCUUCGAGAGUUUUCAUGUGCGAUGCACGCUGCUUAA